CAAACACAAACUCAGGGACACGAACAGAGCACAAGGGGGAAGAACACAGCUGCAAAAACUGAGAGGGAGGAGAAAUCAAAGACAAAGCGCAAGUAGAAGCAGUAACUGAUAGAGAUCAACUUCCAACCAAGACAGACUCUCUCAGCUAAAAAGAACAUGGGGACGGAUAACAGCACUUUCAGUGCAACUCAGUCACCUGAACAAGGCGCAGCUUCCACACACAUACACACAGCCUCCAUUGUCAUCUACUGUGUGAUAUUUAUAGUUGGAACUCUGGGCAAUGGCCUGGUUAUCUAUGUGACAAGCUUCAAAAUGAAGAAAACAGUUGACUCAGUUUGGUUUCUCAACUUGGCCAUAGCUGACUUCCUCUUCACGGCCUUCCUGAUUUUCUCCAUCAUUUCUCUCUCUCAGAGUCAACAAUGGCCUUUUGGAGCAUUCAUGUGCAAGCUCAACACCUUUGUGAGUGUAGUCAACAUGUUUGUCAGCAUCUUUACUCUGACAGCCAUGAGUCUGGAUCGGUGUUUGUGUAUCUGGGUGGUGGUGUGGGCGCACAACAAACGCACAGUCAUCAAAGCUCAGCUUAUAUCAGCUGGGAUCUGGGUGAUCGCUGGCGUCUUCAGCACUCCUUAUGCCACUUUUCGCACUGCAUCAGUGAGGAGCAGUGGGGAAAGUUCCUGUAGUUAUUCUGCAAAAAUCACACACAAAUGGACUCUGGACAUUUUUCGCUUUGUUAUGGGCUUUGUGAUCCCAUUCCUGAUAAUAGUGAUGUCUUAUGUGUCCAUUGGUAUCCGUGCAAUGCGCAUGCCGAGAACAAGGAGACGCAGAUCUCGCCGAAUCAUUUUCUCCAUCAUUUUUGCAUUCUUCAUCUCUUGGUUGCCUUUCCACAUUUUCAAUUUUAUAGAAUUAAGGUUUAGUACUAACUUAGAGAUCCUGGGGAUUGUUAGAAUGUAUGGUCCUCUGACUGUGAGUCUGGCAUUUCUGAACAGCUGUUUGAACCCCAUCCUUUAUGUUUUCAUGUGUGAAGAAUUCCAGAAGAAAUUUCGACAGUCCAUUUGUUUUGUACUCGAGAGUGCACUGGCAGAAGACCAUUUGUCAUUUCUGUCCACCCGCUCCAUGUCAUCAACCUUUUCAAAAGCUUCCCAAAAGUCAGACACUGCUGCCACUUUAGAUCGGAUUGACCCAGCCAUUUAUGAAAACAUCCCAGAAAGCACAGUAAUCAUCACUGAGGGGAUUCCUAGGACUGAAUAAGAGUGCACCAGCAGACAAUGAAUAUUGAAAUGAAUAAUUGUUUUUUGUUUUACAAACAAGCACAUUUUAAUAAUUUGCUCGUCUGCCUUCACAUGUAUAUGAACUUGAAUGAAAUCCCAUUCUAAUGUAUAGUGUUUAAUAUGAUGUUAGCCCGCCCUUUAACUCAUCUGAGAAGUUUAGGAGUGUGUUGACCAUUCUUCCAGAAGCGCAUUUGUGAGAUUAGACACCAAUGUUGGAUGAGAAGCCCUGACUCGCAG